CUCUCCCGACCUCCAUCCUCAUCGUCUCGAACUGAAAGUCGGGAUGUCUCCAUUAUCGUUCAGCGGCCAUACCGUCGUCAUCACCGGCGCGGGCGGCGGCCUGGGCAAAGCUUACUCGUUGGCGUAUGCGGCUCGGGGAGCGAAUGUCGUCGUGAACGACUUCAACAAAGAUGCGGCGCAGGCUGUUGUGGACGAGAUUACCAAAGCCGGCGGGAAAGCUGUGGUUAACAACUCGUCGGUUACGGACGGAGAGGCCGUGAUCAAGACCGCUCUCGAUGCGUUCGGCGGUGUCACCAUCCUCAUCAACAAUGCCGGGAUCCUCCGCGACAAGGGAUUCAAGAACAUGUCCGACGCCGAGUUCGAUGCCGUGCAAGCCGUACAUCUGAAGGGCGCGUUCUCGUGUACGAAGGCGGUCUGGCCGUUAUUCCGGAAACAGAAGUUUGGGAGGGUCGUGAACACUGCUAGCGCGGCGGGACUCUACGGUAACUUCGGCCAGGCGAAUUACAGCGCGGCCAAGUCGGGCCUCAUCGCGUACACCAAAACGCUCGCGCGAGAGGGCGCGAAGUACGGCGUAUCCGCCAUCUGCAUCGCUCCGAUGGCGGCGUCCAAAAUGACCGAAACGAUCAUGCCUCCCGAAAUGCUGGCCAACCUUAAGCCUUCGUUUGUAUCGCCGUUCGUCCUCGCGGUUACACAUCCGGACGGACCUCAAGCGUCCGGCAAGGUGUUCGAGGUCGGUGCGGGAUACGUCGCCGAGAUUCGGUGGGAGCGAAGCAAGGGCGCGGUGUUCAAGACCGAUGCGAGUUUCACGCCUUCAGCUGUGAAGGAGAAGUGGUCCGAAAUCACCGACUUUACGAACCCGGACUACAUCGUCGACUUCGCCAAAGAGUUUGACGCCGUGGGCACGCUAAAGAAGGCGAUGUCACUCCCCACGAACCCGCAGGCGUCGCCGGAGGUGCGGUUCGACGGCAAGACCGUGAUCAUCACCGGUGCGGGCGCUGGCUUGGGUCGUGCGUACGCGUUGAUGUACGCAAAGCUCGGCGCGAACGUCGUGAUCAACGACGUGAGCGAGAAGGGAGCGAGCGCCGUCGUCGAGGAAAUCACGAAAACUGGCGGAAAGGCUACGGCCGUGGCGUGCUCCGCGGAGGAUGGCGAGACAAUCGUGAAGGCCGCUCUGGAGAAGUUUGGGGGCGUGCAUAUCUUGGUUGCUAACGCUGGUAUUCUGCGGGACAAGUCAUUCGCUGCUAUGACCGAGCAGGAGUGGGACGCUGUAAUGGCUGUGCAUCUCAGGGGAACAUAUAAGUGCUGCAAGGCUGUUUGGCCUAUCUUCCAAAAGCAGAAGUACGGACGGAUCGUGACAACCUGCUCGCAAGUGGGAAUCUAUGGCAACUUCGGCCAAGCGAACUACUCAACAGCGAAGGCGGCUAUCCUUGGUCUGUCGCGCACGCUGGCGAUAGAAGGGCGGAAGUACGGCAUUUUGGUGAACAUCAUCGCGCCUUCUGCUGGAACGGCGAUGACGAGCACGAUCUGGCCGCCGGAGAUGGUGGACGCGUUCAAGCCCGAUUAUAUCGCCCCGAUAGUGGGUUACCUUUCGAGUGAGGCAAACGAGGAGACCACAGGCUCCUUAUUCGAGAUCAUGGGUGGCUGGGCCGCCCAGACGAGGUGGCAACGCGCGGGCGGUCACGGUUUCCCGGUCAACAAGGAGUUGACUCCGGAAGACGUCGUUGCGAAGUGGGGUAUCAUUACCAAUUUCAAUGACGGAAGGGCGACGUACCCCACGUCGACGCAAGAGGCCAUCCAGCAGAUCGUCGACAACUUUUCGAACACCGCCGAGGGUGAUUCAGGAAGCAGUGAGGAUAUCCCCUAUGCCGACCCUGAAGACUCCGAGCUGGUGCUCAAGGCGAAGAAGGAGGUGACCGAGAAAGUCGACUACACCUACACCGAGCGGGACGUCAUCCUCUACAACCUCGGCGUCGGAGCAACGGAGCAAGAGCUACAUUGGACGUACGAGGGCGAUGAGAACUUCUCAGCGUUGCCAACCUUCGGCGUUAUCCCGCAGUUCCUGGCCAGCGGAAGUCUCUCGAUGGACUGGUUACCGAAUUGGAAUCCGGCCAAGCUUGUGCAUGGCGAGCAAUACCUGCAGAUACGGGGCCCGAUCCCGACUAGUGGCGAGCUGGUCAGCGAGGCGCGGAUACUGGAGGUUCUCGACAAGGGCAAGGCCGCUGCGGUGACGUCCAUCAUCGAGACGAAAGAUAAGAAGACCGGCGCUGUCCUCUUCGACAAUACCUCAACCGUGUUCGUCCGCGGGUGCGGUGGCUUUGGCGGCAAACGCAAUGGAAAGGACCGUGGACCAGCGACCGCUCCGAACGUUCCUCCGAAGCGGGCGCCAGAUGCUACAUUGGAAGAGAAGACGUUGCCGACACAGGCUGCGCUGUACCGGUUGAGUGGUGAUUUGAAUCCCCUACAUAUGGUACCGGAAUUUGCUGCCAUUGGUGGUUUCGACAAGCCGGUACUACACGGCUUGUGCACCAUGGGUAUCUCCGGCAAGCACGUCUUGAAGAGCUUUGGGCAAUUUAAGGAUAUCAAAGUUCGGUUCGCGGGUGUCGUGUUCCCCGGCGAGACGCUCGUUACGGAGAUGUGGAAAGAGGGCGACAAGGUCAUCUUCGUCACCAAGGUGAAGGAACGAGGUACCACGGUACUCUCCGCUGCUGCGGCAACCCUUGCCGAAGGAUCAACGAAAGCGAAGCUAUAAUACUCACCUGUCGCCUAGCGAUAUCAGUCCAAUUGGACUGUUCUUGCAUACUUAUAUAACUGUUGCUGUGUAAACAUGUAUUUCAACGCGGUUGGCAUGUCU